AUGGACUCAAAAAAUCGCGAUACCACAGCUCUCAUCGCUCGCCGCUGCAAACCGAUAUUGUCGGAGCUGAAGAUAUGCUGUCAGGAUCACGGCAAGAGCUGCAAUGGGGACGUCCUCGGCCUUGGAGAAGACGAUGUUGAGAUCAACCUCAUCGAUGUCCGAAGGAUGUGUUUGGUUCAACGGAACUCAGCAACAUGUGGUUAUUUCACACUCAGCUAUGUUUGGGGAGGCGUCGAACAGCACUGCCUUUCGAAAUCCAAUCUCGACUUCCUCCGCCAGGAAGGGUCAUUCAACGCCAUCAUGCAAAAUAUUCCACAAGUUGCUCGAGACGCCAUUCAAUUGGUCCGAGGUCUCAAGGGAUACUACCUAUGGAUCGAUUCUCUUUGUAUUGUCCAAGAUGACGCAGAGCAGAAGCACCAUCAGAUCGCACACAUGGCACAGAUCUAUUCCCGGUCAUUCUUAACCAUCGUGGCGGCCGAGGCACUGAACGCUAACAGCGGUCUUCCCUGUGCCCACUACACCGAUUUGACCCUCUCGGAAACGUAUCCAGGAAUGGAGGCUCCAGUGGACGACAACGAUCUGGAGCAAGUUCUGCGCUCCUCCAAGUUCGGAAGCCGUGCAUGGACCUACCAGGAAAUACUACUUUCCCGGACCAAGGUCAAUCUUCAAUUCUAUGCCUUGGCAACACCAGUCGGCUUCUUAGAGAAAGGCACCAACCAGACACAGAAUGAUAGUCUUAUAUGGCUGUCAAUGGAUGGCUCUACCUGCGAGAAGAUCACAGUCUCAGACCAUCAGCAAAAGGCAAUGGGAACGCUGGACAGCUUUGACCUCGAAGACCUGGGGGACUUCACUCUAAUCGAAAAGCACUUCGAUAUCAUAGCGCUUUCCGUCUGCUACCUGGGCCACAACGAUUGCCUUCUGGAAGACAUCCUGGUAGAUGUUAUGUUGAUUCAGUGGUUUGGAGAAAAUGCGGAGAGGGUUGCUAUUGGGCAAGUCAAUGCCCAAGCAUGGGAGAGAUGUCAUCGGAGUGCAAAAUGGAUCAAACUGGAAUGA